GUGGGUAGAGGAAGUCAGAAGGUUGCGGCCAGGGAGGAUGACGAGGAGGAGCGAGUCGGGGGAGGGAACGUGGGAGCAUGUCGCCUACGGGGACUACGUGGCAGCUCUCACGAAGCCAGCGUUGGCGGUGAUGACCCGCAGAGCUCUACGACGAAGCGCUGCAGAGGAGCGAAGAAUUUCCUGAUGUCAAUUAUAAGAAUGCUGCUAUCGCCUUCGGCAAAUUUCGAAACCGCGACAGUCCGUGUAAGAUGGUCCACUACUUUUCUGUCUUCCUCCUCAAGACUUCGAGCAAGCAAGAGCAUCAGAUCCUACGCACCCUGAGAGAUUUCCUCGUCCAUGAGCAGAAGAUGCAGGAGGAGGGCGAAGGCUGCAGCAGUGAGAUUCUUCUCACAGCGAAGAAAGCGUACAGGCACUACAGGAGGGUCGUAGCUGAGUCGAAGUGAAGGAGCACAACACAUGUUAACUUGUAGCUCAACAUCAGUCGAGUACACUCAACUCAGCUGUUACCACAUGAUUCCAGUUUCACAUUGGUUUAUUCACUGCUAAAAGAAUAAUCGCGAC